AUGGCUUGCUUGAUUGCCUGCAGGAAGAAGCUGGCUCGGAGGCUCCUCUUUGACAAGAGUGCCAAUGAUGAACAUGAGAGAAGUAUUUUGACAAAAUUGAAGCAACAAUGUGGCGGACAGUUUACUUCAAAGAUGGAAGGAAUGGUUACAGAUUUGACUCUGGCGAAGGAAAACCAAUCUAGUUUUGAAGAGUAUCUCAACGAAAAUUCGAAUGCAGACCCAGGAAUGGACCUGACAGUCACAGUUCUGACUACUGGAUUCUGGCCAAGUUAUAAAUCUUUUGAUCUCAACCUUCCAGCGGAAAUGGUCAAGUGCGUUGAAGUUUUCAAGGAGUUUUAUCAAACAAAAACGAAGCACAGAAAAUUGACGUGGAUUUACUCCUUGGGCACCUGCAACAUAACUGGAAAAUUUGAUACAAAACCUGUGGAGCUGGUUGUGACAACCUAUCAGGCUGCUGCAUUGCUUCUCUUUAAUUCGUCAGAUAAAUUGAGUUAUUCAGAGAUAUUGACUCAGUUGAACUUGACCGAUGAUGAUGUUAUUAGACUGCUUCACUCCUUAUCAUGUGCCAAGUACAAGAUUCUUAACAAGGAGCCAAGCACCAAAACAAUAUCAUCCACUGAUGUUUUUGAAUUUAAUUCAAAAUUCACCGACAAAAUGAGGAGGAUUAAGAUUCCUCUUCCUCCUGUAGAUGAGAAGAAAAAAGUAAUUGAUGAUGUUGACAAGGACAGAAGAUAUGCUAUUGAUGCAUCAAUUGUGCGUAUUAUGAAGAGUCGAAAAGCUUUGGGUUACCAACAGUUAGUAAUGGAGUGUGUUGAGCAGUUAGGGCGCAUGUUCAUGCCCGAUGUCAAGGCAAUUAAGAAAAGGAUUGAAGAUUUGAUCUCUCGUGACUACUUGGAAAGAGACAAAGAUAAUCUUAAUCUGUUCAAGUACUUGGCUUGAAGCAGCGUUGAUGAAUGUGCAAAUGAAGGGGGUCAGUGGCUGCUGCAAUGGAAACGAGAGGAUGAUGUCUAAACUUGUAAAAAUUGAGCGCCUCUUAGUAAUAGCCCUGAAGAGGGACUACGAGUGUUAAUACAUGUUGCCUCCAUAUCCAGGUAUGGGCUAUUACUAUAGAUGUAUGCUCAACAUUCGAGAAAUUGUAAUUUAUUCCAUAAUUUGAUCCA